AUGCUGGGUUAUGGAGUUGUUGUCUCUCAGCUUCAAGCCGCCCUUCUGGCUGGGUUCUGCUGGGGCUGGGACACAGCCAACGCCCUCCUAACAACUGUGGGAAAAGAAGUUUGCUAUGAAAGUGUAGAGUGUUUUAAGGAUGAUUUACCAUGGACCAGGAUUUUGUCAACAAAGUUGGGAGAUUUACCCUGGUCUCCAGAGAAGAUAAACACUCACUUUCUGCUCUACAGUAUAUAUAAUCCCAAAAUCUAUCAGGAGAUCAGUGCAGUUAAUUGGUUAACUAUCCAAGCCUCACAUUUUGGAACAGACAAUAUCAUCUGUAUCAAUGUAUCUGGAUGGAGAACAUUUGGCAAAUGGCAGAGAAACAUGUGCCAGGCACUGCUACAAGUGGAAGAUAUAAACUGCAUUAAUUUAGACUGGAUUAAUGGUUCACUGGAAUAAAUCCAUGCUAUAAACAAUCUAUGCAUUGUUGGUGCUGAGGUGGCUUAUUUUAUUGAUGUUCUUGUGGUCACUGCCUUGGUCAGCGUGUUGGACCAUGUUGAAGUGGCUUCCUUCUAUGAACGUAGCCAUGCCCGAAGUCAUUGCUUUUAUGCCAGAAGCAUUCUCGAUCCUGAUACAUUCAUCGCUUAUACUUGUAGAUCCUACAAAUCUUUUAAAGCAGUAAAUUGCUUCCAUUGUCCUAAAGAAGGAUGCCCACCAGUGGGUCAUUUUGCUGAUAGAUUUCGCCUCAAAAAUACGAAGACUAAUAGAUCAUAUUACUUUUUAAACAUUGGGUCUCUUUCCCCAUUUGCCCGUAAUGAAAAACUUGAACCAGGCAUGAGUUACACAAAAUUAAUUGAUGCAGACAUUAACAUUGGAAACAUUACAAGUAUUGAAUUCAUUUGGAAAAACCAUUUGUUUGGACAUUCUCAGAAUAACUUGGAAGCAGAAAUGGUGAUAGAUAUAUCUGGAAAAUAUGGUUAUAAAUCUACCUUCUGUAGCCAGGACAUUAUAGGACCUAAUAUUGCCCAGAUCCUGAAACCAUGCUAA